AUGGGUGAUGCUGUCAUGUUUACUGCCUUUGUCGUUAAUCGGAUGCCCUCUUGUGUCUUAGCUUAUCAAACACCUCUUCAAGUGUUGUCUACCUUUCACCAUAUUCCUGGUAUUCUUCACAUGGCUCUAAAGGUAGGUGGCUGUGUUUGUUAUGUCCACAUUUACUCUCAACACACGGAUAAAUUGGAUCUACGGGUUCAUAAAUGUGUUUUCUUGGGCUAUUCGUCCAUCCAGAAACGGUGCAAGUGUUUUCAUUCUCCUAUUAGAAAAUUCUACACCUCCAUGGAUGUGGCAUUUAAUGCAUGGGAGCUAUUUUUCCGGGAGAGCAUCCAAUUCUCUCAUUCCAAGGGAGAAUUCAGGGGGAGCCAAGCUUUGAACAUCAGGGAGAACCCCCAUCAAGGGCAUAAGGAAGUGAUCCUUCUGAAGCUUCCCAAUAUCUCCCCAUUGUUUCAGCUCCGGUUAUCCACAAAAAUUCUCAAAAGAAGGAGAACUCUUCGGAUAAAAAUGAAACAGAUUAUGCAGUUAACACCUUUUACCAUUCCAAUUGGCUUCCCGUGA